AUGCGGCGACAGGCAUGGAUCGUAGCCUCCUUUGUGGCCUUCCUCGCCUUGGGUCUCCCCGUGUGGUGGCAGACGACCACGGUGUACCGGGCGGACCUCCCAGCCAUUCCCACCACCGCUGAGCUCUCCACUACCGCUCGCCUCGUCCAUGCCCUCGUCGCCGCAGCAGAGGCCAUCCCGGACAACCACUGGCGCAACGCGGUGGAGAACCUGUGUCUGGUCAUGGUGGCUGCGGAUGAUGAUCGGCUCGGAGCGGAUGAUGGUCGGCCCGAAGCGGAUGAUGGUCAGCCCGGAGCGGAUGUGUCGGACUCCAGCAUCACUGCGCCCAACGACAUUGCGCUGGAUGUGGUGAUGGUUGAUGGUGAUGGCUCGGCCUCGGGUGCUCGGGUGGUCAUGGAUGGCGAGCGGUCCGGUCGGAUCGAGGUCGUCGGUGACGGUAGUGCGGUCGAAGUGCUUGACGCUGUCUACAACUGGGUCGAUGGUGCGUGGGGUGGCGAGGCCAAAGUCCUCGGCGGUCUGCACGUGGCGGUCCAGCUCGAGCUGACGCUUUUGGUCGAUCCGGCGCGCGGCAAGAUGGCGUGGAAUCCUGAGGAUAUGGCAGCGUGGCUGGCGCCAUUUGUGGCCCGCCUUGCGCCUGUGCUCGAACUCUCGGUCGCCUCGCAUGUGGUGUACGACGUCUCGCUCGGCGGCGCGGUGCCGACAGCUGUCAAGGGCGGUGGCUCGGUUGUCGACGCUGCACAGUUGAAACACUUUGUCAACGCGUCGUCGUGGACGCUGACUGAAUCACCACGCGCCGAAGUCAACAAGACGCUGCGCUUGGUGUAUUACAUGCCAUCGGACGAGCUCGCUCCGCUGCGCCUUCUGCAGGGCGGGCCCGGUAGCAAGACCGUGCCGGGCAACGCGUUUGUCAUCCCGACCUGGGGUGCAAUCACAGUUGUGGCGCCGGCCGACGGCACUUUUGACCUCGCGCCGUAUCGCGGCACUACGCUCGCGCACCUUCGUCGCCUGCUGGGCCUGCGGAGCCCGGUGCGGGGGACAGUCGAGCCCGAGCUCGGCGCUGGUUUUGUCGAGCCUGUUGGCUCGCGCGGCGCUGCGCUGUGGGAGGUGGACGCGCUCGCUACCGCGCGUGUCGGGGCGCUCACCGCCGAAGCCGUUGACGCUGUCCGGCAGCUGACCGAGCUGGUCGACUCGAUCCCUAACAUGGUGGUGGAGGACCACAUUGCGGCCGACGUGAGCGUGGCGCUCUCGCUCGCCGCCGAUGCCCGCGCCGCUGCCGCCACCCACGGGCAACUGCUCGAUGCUGUUCGCCUUGCCACCCGCGCCCACGUUCUUGCCGAUCGCGCUCUCUUUGACCAGAGCAUUGUCGGCCUGCUUUACUUUCCUGACGACCACAAGUACGCCAUUUACACGCCGCUCUUUGUCCCGAUCUCGCUCCCGGUCGUCAUCGGAGUGCUGAAGGAGCUCAAGGCUUGCAUCCGCGGCGAUCCUGACGAGUAGGUCAGCUACAGGCCGUAUCCGUGGCCCAUACCAUGCCCGUGUCCAUGCCCGUGUCCGUGCCCAUGCCCGUGCCCGUGCCCGUGCCCGUGCCCGUGCCCGUGCCCG